AUGGAGGUGGUGAUGCCGACGGUGAAGUUUAGGCACCCGGGGCGGGCGGCAGCGUUGCUGGUCGUAAUGCUGCUCCUGUACGGCUCGACGGAUGCUCUACUGCACGAGGGUGGCCCGCUCGCUGGGGAUGGUGGGGCGAACCGUGAACCAGUGCCGGAGUCUCCCCAGAGAAUCCUUUCGCGGAAGCGACGCUUCCUGACGUUUCCCGAGGGUAGCUCGUUUCAAGUCGUGUACGAUCAAACCAUUCCGAUGAUCGGGGUCGAGAGCCUGUUCACGAUUGGUAUCACCGUGGCGCUGGCGUACGAGCUACCCAGCAUCACGUUCGACCAGAUCUGGGAUAUGAUCGAGCAGAACGCCAACGAUCCGGACAUCCUGCCGAAGGUGGACAGCGCCGCGAACGGCACCAUCCUCGUCGACACCAAGCCGGGUGUGACGCCGGCGCGCAAAAACAUCCUCAGCUACGCCUACCAACCCCCGGUGUCCCCUGCUAUGGCCCCUGGCACCGGCGGUCACAUAAAUUACUACACGGCCACGGCCGAUAAGUACGGCAAUCGACGGUACGAUAACUACGACCGGUACGGCCAUCGCGCCCCAUCCCGGUGGGAGCAAUUUGUCUCCAACGAGCUGGUCCGCCGACCGCCCGGUUACGCCGCCGACAGGACGCCCAACGAUUUUGGCAGCAUCGUGAACAGAUACCUCGCGAAGUGGAUUCGCCAGCAUCCGCCCAACUAUGCGAUGGACAAAAAGCGAUUCUAUCCGGUGUUCGGCAAGCGCAGCAUCCGCGAGGACACCGCCCCGCUGGACCGGCACUUCCUCAACCAUCAUCGCGUAACGCGGCACGCACUCUACGAGCGGAUCGAGCAGUUCCUAACGGCCAAAGGUAAACACGGGCACCACUGUGUGCUGAGGGCGCUCUGUGAGAGUGGCCAGCGUAAACACGACACCGAGCCGGACACGUUCUUAAGGGAAAUCCUGCGAGCAGUCUUCAGUUUACCGACGACGCACGAAACACCGAGCCAACACAAGCACCGGUUGUACGACGAAGCCCACGCUCACACCGGAAACUGCACCGAAACGUACACGUACUGUAAGGACAGUUUUUGGUCGCCGGAUUUCGUUUUCUAA